UUCCUUUCUUAUAUCUCCCCAUGCUGAUUUUUUCCUUACUGAGCUCUGUUGUGAUGGCUACUUACCGUGAGAAAACGCAGUGUGUAAGCAACAUGUGUGGGGGGCGGGUUGAUUUAGGAACCCGGCUCUUAAUAGUUAAGGCUUGGAAGUUACAAUGAAAUCGCGAUCUUUCUCCAUGGGUUUGCACCCUAUCUUCCUUCACCCCUUUGCCCCCUACAUCCUGGCAGCGGCGGAGGCGUGUGAGGAGCCCGGCGGGUCUCCAGCCCCAGGCGCGGAGCUGAGCAGGGCAGCCCGGCCGCAGCCAGGGCUGAGCCGCUGCUGUUUGCGAUUCGUCCUACGCUCAUAAAUCAAACGCUUUCUAUGAAUGAGAAUGUCAUCAAAGAGAUCAAUUGCAGGAACACAUGCACAAAUAAAAAUCCUCUUACGUAUUUGCCGGGGAUCCCCGUCCGAAAGCAUUAAGUUAGAAGGCGUUUAGUCAUAAUUCAUUUUUAUUGCUCUUUUAAAACAACAGCUUGGCUGAGCCGCGGAUGCCAUGAGCAGCUCGGGGCCUCGGCGGCGUUUGUCUCCUCCUCGCUCCUUCCCUUUCUAGUAGAAGAGCCCUGAAAGAGGUGCUUUGAGCCCAAGUCGCUUGCAGGCCAUCAUUUAAAUAGUGACCAAGGUCUCCUUUCACCCACUCUCCCAGAGCAUUUAAAGAGACUUUGGCUCCAGUCGUGGGGCGCUGGCCUACAAGCCAGGAGAACCAAGAGUCUCCUACAAGGCGGGAUGAGCCCCAGGAUUUCGUGGGGGGGGUGGGGGAAGAACCGAGCUACGGAAGCCUUGCGGGCUCGAGGCCAGAGGAGACCGCCUUUGUAAGUAACACCGGGAGAGCAGCGCUCUGGGCGGCCAGCCGGGGCGGAGCAGGCUCUGCUGCGGGAGUCCGGCCUUCCGGGAGCCGGGAGCAGCGCGCGGAGGCAGGUCUGUCGCCUGCCUGCCGGAGAGAUUGCGGGCCUCUAUAUAAGUGCAUGAAAGCGGUCCCAAGAAAAACACCCCCACCCAUGCUGGCUCUGAAAGAGGCCCGGAGGGAGGAAGAGAAAUGGAAGGAGAGCAGCACAGAGGCCGAGAACUAGCAGAGGCAGGAGAACGGUUGCGGUCCCGGGCGGCUUUGUGGCGCUAAGCCCUGCAGCCGAGGGGGUUGCGCAAACCCGGGCCGAAGAAGCCAACAAAGGGACAGGAAUGAGGCAAGGAGAAAGAACGUACUUUGGUUCGGAAAGCAGAUCGUCCGCAGUGCCAGCACCGACACUCUCACGUCCUACUGCCUCCCCGACAGGAGCCGCGUCCCUCCCCAUCUCAGGAGGCCUGGCACUCCCAAGGAAGCCGCCUCCAGGAGGGCCUCCUUUCCUUUUCCCUUCUCGAAAAUGAGUGUCCCCAGGUGCUGAAAUCGGGGUAGGAGUGACCUUUCCUGGCUGGGCUCGCUCUUAACCGUGGUUGGGGAUAGGUCAAAGGUCACAGAAAAAUACUAUUUCCAAAGUAAAUGUUUAGGGAAAAAUUGUCUUUGCUACUGGGGGAAUCCAUAGUCAAAUGUCUGCAAGAGUUCCCCCUCUUGUGGGGGCAGGUUUGGUGGGGGAACUUCUGUAUGUGAAGAACAGAAUGCAGAAACCUGAAAGGUUGGCUAACACAUUUAUGAUGUGCGUGCUUCAAACAAAACUUCCUUCUUCUAACUGGGGAGGGAAAACUAGAGGGAGUGGGAACCCCGUCCUCAGAUAAAUUUUAUCUGUCCCAUUCCGAUGUGAUAAGCAGGGUCAGAGAAAAAUCUAUACUGCAUUGGCUGCAAAGCUUCUUGGAUGAUCUCUGGAUUUCUUUUACCUAAGAAUGCAUCAAUUCUCGGGCUCAGUUUGGCAUUUUCUCUCUACAAGCCAAGGGUUGACACGAAACCUAAUAGUAAACAGCAAUUAACGACCCCGUCAGCAUCAGGGUAGGAUGAGGGUGAUGGAGAACAGGACCCCUGGCCUGGGAUGACGCUCAGAUUUGCACGUGUCUCUCUAGAGAAAGACUUGAACGUUCACACAAGGAACUACAUAGAUACAAAGGGGAGGAGGUGUUGUUGGGGGAAGAAGAAAAUGUCCCGUCCACCAUCAGCCAUCUGUCCACCGCCCCUCCCACCUGCCAGCCCCUAACCCCCCAUUUCAGACAUGCAGUAGAAUGGGGGGGGGGCGGUUAGUGGAUAAAGGAAGCCCUACCACUCCUAACAUCCCCCCUCCAGAAAACAAGCACCACUGUUGGGGCGUGGUGGGGGGAGUUCAGCGUAUUUAGUUGGAGCUGUGGUCUCGCCCUUUGAGGCCCCCGCUGAAGCGCGCAGACUCCUGGGUCCCGGGGAGCCGGCAGAUGGCCUGCAGCGCACCGCCCGGCCCCCACGCUGGCCACGUCCGCUAGCGUCAUCUUUCUCCCCCGCCUCCUACCCUUCAAAAUCCAGCGGCCGAGCUGCUCCGGAUCCCAUAGGGCUCCCGGAGCAAAGCUGAGUGGGGAGGAGAAAGGGGCGGAGAGCGAGGAAAGAGGGAGGGCGAAGAGCCGGCCACCCUCGGCCUUUUCCGGCAACCUUAACUACUACCAAUCACCCGCUCCCGGGCGUCGAAUUACAAAAGCUCCUCAUUGCCUCGUUAAUAAUCAGUUGCGGUGGGGGAAUAGGGUUCAGAGACCCUCCUUGGGGAAGGGAAGGCUUUUUUGGUUUUUGUGUUUUUUUGUUUUUUUCUUGCUCACGUCCCCUCCACGCCCAGCCGGGUUCCUCCCAGCCAACCCUCUGCGCACUUCCCUCUCCUUUCGAAGCUCGGGGAGCUGGUGGCCUAGCCUCGUCCUACGCCACGGUCCUCUGCGCUCCCCACUGCCCCGGCACCACAGCAGGGACUGUGUAGUGAAAGCGCCCGCGGAGCUACCCUUUCUUCUCCGCGCUCUGCAGGCUCGGCCCCUGAGCUAGUGGGAGGCCAGCGAGCUCCGGCCCACUGAUUCCCAACCCUGGAUCGACGGAGCCCCCUUCCCUUCUCACCUCUUGCCAGUUCAUCUUUCUGUGCACGGUGGGGAGGGGGCGGAGACGGGGAUGCCUCCCAGCCCCCACCUCCCGGAGGGGGGGGAGAGCGGAGUCGGCGCGCGCAGAAGGUGGCUUCUGUUCCCCUUCGGCCCAGCGCUCCGAAUCUGCCCUUGCAGCCGCCGCAGCAGCUGCCGCCGCCUGGGCCGCCUGGGGGGGCGACUGCGCGUCACCUAGACUGGAGGAGCGCCGGGGAUUUAAAUGCCACUGAAACGGUGAUCCAUCACCGCGGGAGCCAGCAAACUUUCGCAGGAGGCUCAGCCAUUGGCUGACAUAGUCACGUGCCCCUCCCCCUGCGCCCUCCGCCCUCGCGCCCCCCCUCUUGCGCACUGUACAUUCAUAUCAUUUUUCUUCUCUGGCCCCAUGGAGGAAGUGAGAAAGUUGGCACGGUCACCCAGGGCUUCGCAGGACCCGGUCCCUCAGUGACAGAUGGACAAUGCAAGAAUGAGCUCCUUCCUGGAAUACCCCAUCCUCAGCGGUGGCGACUCGGGGACCUGCUCAGCGCGAGCCUACCCUUCCGACCAUGGAAUUACAACUUUCCAGUCGUGCGCGGUCAGUGCUAACAGCUGUGGCGGCGACGACCGCUUCCUAGUGGGCAGGGGGGUGCAGAUCAGCCCGCCCCACCACCACCACCACCACCAUCACCCCCAACCGGCCACCUACCAGACUCCCGGGAACCUGGGGGUGUCCUACUCCCAUUCGAGUUGUGGUCCAAGCUAUGGCGCGCAGAACUUCGGCGCGCCUUACAGCCCCUACGCGUUAAAUCAGGAAGCAGAAGUAAGUGGUGGGUACCCCUCGUGCGCUCCCGCUGUUUACUCUGGAAAUCUCUCAUCUCCCAUGGUCCAGCAUCACCACCACCACCAGGGUUAUGCCGGGGGCGCGGUGGGCUCGCCUCAGUACAUUCACCACUCAUAUGGACAAGAGCACCAGAGCCUGGCCCUGGCCACGUAUAAUAACUCCUUGUCCCCUCUCCACGCCAGCCACCAAGAAGCCUGUCGCUCCCCUACAUCAGAGACAUCUUCUCCAGCGCAGACCUUUGACUGGAUGAAAGUCAAAAGAAACCCUCCCAAAACAGGGAAAGUUGGAGAGUAUGGCUACGUGGGUCAACCCAAUGCAGUGCGCACCAACUUCACCACGAAGCAGCUCACCGAGCUGGAAAAGGAGUUCCACUUCAAUAAGUACCUGACGCGUGCCCGCAGGGUGGAGAUUGCCGCGUCCCUACAGCUCAAUGAGACCCAGGUGAAGAUCUGGUUCCAGAAUCGCCGGAUGAAGCAGAAGAAACGAGAGAAGGAGGGUCUCUUGCCCAUCUCUCCUGCCACCCCGCCAGGAAGUGAGGAGAAGGCCGAAGAAUCUUCAGAGAAGUCCAGCUCCUCGCCCUGCAUUCCUUCCCCGGGGUCCUCUACCUCAGACACUCUGACUACCUCUCACUGAGGCCGACCAAGCCCCAGACUCCGCAGCCCAGGCUAUUCCGCACGCUGGGGACUCCUUACGCAAAGCACAUUCUUAGCUUAUCUUCCUUUCCAUUUACAGUCUCUCUCUUCCUUUCUGAUCCUAUCUGGGGAGCUCCUGGCCAGGACAGUGUGUUUCCAGAGAGUCCUGGAGUAGAGGCUUGAUUGGGGUGUGUGUGUGUGUGUGUGUGUGUGUGUGUGUGUGUGCUAACUCCUUGAUGCAGAUUGGGUGCCAUAAUCAAUUUUCUGAUGGCCCCCAACACUCCUCCCUACUUUGGAGAUUUCCACAGUCUGUUCCUUUCAGAUGUCCUUUGGAAUAUAGUCUCCUUUGCCAGCAGAAACAUGUUAGAGGGAGGCCUAUCUUUUACCUAUCUGUAUAUUUACAGUUCUCUCCUACUUUGCCCUUAAAGUAGGAUAGAGAGAGAGGAGAGUCCAGGAGCUCAUGAGGAAGAGCGGCACUAUGAGCUUGUUUACACAGUUCAUUCAUCCCUUAAUUUAAUUCAGUUUCACGUGUGUGAGUUUGCUGGUUGUAAAUACUUUGUCCUGAGAGAUUUAUCUUUAUACAGAUUUUCUAGAAAUGUUUAGAUUAAGUGACGAAAACAGGGUAGGCAACUCUCAAAGGUGGUACAAUUUUAUAUGGGUUAAAGAAUAAAAUCGCUCACUUAAACUCAAUCAGAUGCCUCAGAGGGUAGCCUGCGUUUGUUCUUUCAGUGAGUUAAGAAGGCCUGCGGAAUACGAGGUUCAAAAACCUUGCUUCCUGUGCCGGGUCUCCCCCUAUCACCACCCAUUUAGUGUUUCUCUGGGCACACUCUUUUUUAAAUUUGUGCUGGAUUAUUCAGAACCUAAAGGUAUUAUUCGAACCAGCUUCUUCCUUCCACAGUUAUCUUAGCUGGAUAUGAUGUAUUUUCAGCUCAGUUGUUAAUGUGAUGGAUGGCACAAUGAAUGUAUAUUUUGUGUGAUUCGUGAAUAGUCUUUUGCAUGUCGCACAAUGUUUUGAUGUCCCUGAAGUACCACACUGAGUUAUAUCAGUUAUUCCUUGUGAGCCUAUGAUAUUCCCCAUUUCCUGUACAAUCAUGAACAGCUCUGAGAUCCUGGAGUGAUGUGAUCCAGAGCAGAGUUUACGGGUCUUAAGAUGUCUGUAAUAAAUAUAUUCAAGUUUCA